GGCAGUGUAGUGUACACAGAAGCUGUAUUAAAAAUAGAAAAUUAGUGUUAUUAUUCGUAAUAAAUCCGAAUUAAACUAUGUCAGGCACAUCCCGUCUCUGUUAGCGUCCGAUCCUCGCGCAGUGUCCCUCCAACCAUGUUGAACGUGCACAAAUUAUGGCUCGUGUCAUGCCUAUGUGUUAUUGCAAUCGUAAUUUUAUAUUUCCAGACAGAAAUAGCCCGUUUAGAAGACAGUUAUCGUCGUCUGGAAUACAAGAUCUCGCAGUCGCACGUAGAUUCGCGUCAGUUUUUCCCGAAAACUGUGCCGAAUGACGGUGAAGACUUGGUAGUGAUAUACAAUAGGGUGCCGAAGACUGGUUCGACGAGUUUCGUGGGUGUAGCAUACGAUCUGUGCAAGAAAAACCAUUUCAAAGUGCUGCAUAUAAACAUAACUGCUAAUAUGCAUGUUAUGUCUUUGAACAACCAGUACAAGUUUGCGCAGAACGUCACAAAGUGGCAGGAGGUCAAGCCAGCCCUGUACCAUGGCCACAUGGCGUUUCUCAACUUUGAGAGGUUGGGGACCACCUCAAAGCCUGUGUACAUAAAUCUAAUCAGGCGGCCGCUAGACCGAUUGGUCUCCUACUAUUACUUCUUGCGAAAUGGAGACAACUUCAGACCACAUCUUGUUAGGAAGAAACAUGGAGAUAAGAUGACAUUUGACGAGUGCGUGGAGCGCGGCCAGCCGGAUUGCGAUCCUAAUAAUAUGUGGCUGCAGGUGCCAUUUUUCUGUGGCCAUGCCGCUCAAUGCUGGAAACCAGGCAAUCGCUGGGCUCUAGAACAAGCGAAACACAAUCUCAUGAACCACUACCUCCUAGUCGGGGUCACCGAAGAAAUGCUCGACUUCAUAACAGUGCUCGAAGCCACCCUACCCCGCCUCUUCAAAGGUGCCACCGAACACUACCUUAACAGCAACAAGUCACAUCUGCGACAAACUAGUUCCAAAAUAGAACCCACUAAAAAAACCAUAGACACAAUACAAAAGUCUACAGUUUGGAAAAUGGAGAACGAGCUAUACGAAUUCGCGAUCGAACAUUUCAAAUUUGUUAAAAGAAAAAUAUUGUUGCGUGAAACGAAUAGCGUCGACCAGAUAUUUUUUUAUGAGAAAAUUCGACCGAAAUGAAAGUAAGAGUUGUGUUAUAGUUCAAUUUCUCUUGUCUUCAGACAUAUUUAUAUUUGACGGCGGCGUUUAAAAGACUUGCAGUGAAGAUAUUAUGAGAGGAGUGGCUUCUGGAUUUGUGCGGCCGCAAUGGUAAUUUGUGCUUUAAUUAGUACAGUUAAAAGUAUUAAAUAUAGAUACGGACAAUAUGUCAAAGAUAUACACCCUGUUUUUAUUGAAUUCCGUUAACUUUAAG